AGUACAGAUACGUACUAGGAGCUCCGAAUAUCGCCAGCUCUCCUCUUGCAUCACAUGUUCCUAUUUCAGACAAUACCCAUAUAACUUGUUCAACAGAAUGAUAUUCUAGCUCCAGAUUGAUUUGCUUCAAGUGUGAAAUAUGGCAGGCGUCACAGGAAGCGCCGCCCAGUCGCUACCUAGGUUCUUACUCCCACGACUGAGCUGGACGGGUCCUACCGGACCCUCUCAAGUGUUCCGAGCUGCGACUCUUCCCAUAGAAACCCGACGAUCCUGGGGAGGGCAAGGGCACAAAGUGGCUUCGUUCCACUCGUCUCGAAAGACUCCCUGGCAUCCUUCAGAGAGGCUACCCACAAGAGAAUCUCCCACACUUCAGCAUCUACGGUUGAGAAGAUCGUUCCAUGCCACAGCGCCGCGGGGUAGGGACCACCACUUCGACACUCUAAAGUUCGUCCAACGACUACAACGCGAUGGAUUCACAGAAGAGCAAUCAGUCGCCAUGAUGAAGGUGCUCAAUGACGUGAUUCAAGAGAGUAGCAUUCAAAACUUGACGCGGACCAUGGUUCUCCGCGAAGACGCAGCCAAAGCAACGUACACUCAGAAGGUCGACUUCGCCAAGCUCCGGUCCGAGCUCCUCUCCGCUGACAGCACCGAAUCCAACACAACGCGUGCCGCCCACGAGCGCCUAACAAACGACAUCACCAAACUAAACAGCCGACUGCGCGACGAGAUCGGCCGAACACAGGCAUCGGUACGGUUAGACCUCAACCUGGAGAAGGGGCGCAUACGGGAAGAGGCGGUCAACCAAGAGCUGAAAAUAAAGGAGACGGAGACCAAGAUCGAGCAGGAAGUCGCUGCUCUGCGAGAGAAGCUGGAGCAAGUCAAGUUCCAGACGCUACAGUGGUUAAUAGGAGUUUGCACUGGUUUUGCGGCAUUGUUACUUGGUGCUUGGAGAUUACUCAUGUGAAGUUGGCGAGGGAGCUUAUUCAUGUGGGUGCUCCGAGCUUGGUCAUGAUAUAUUUAUCUUACUUAGGUUUGUAUGAUACCUCGGGAAUCCAAUUGCGAUGCAAGCGGGAGAUACCAAAUCCAGGAGAACGGCUCAAGGCCACAAUACAUAUUUUCUAUGUUCAUGUCCAAUUCUAUGAUGCUGAUCAUUGUGAUUUUCUCAUGCUCUCCACUAAGGACUCAACUCCCUUCCAUUAUCGAGAUAUGGGUGAUUCCAGGGGCAGAUUUGUAAGCCUCAUCUUAUUAUCAUAUUCUACACUCAGUCUAUUCACAAGAAUGUAACAUAUAGUAAUAGCCGUAACUUUCUAGCGAGCUUCCAAGAAGCUCCAGCCCCUUUUCAUUAUCUUUUCCAGUAUUUCCUUAGCUUUUCAUUCUCAGUCUUCGAAUAGCAUCUUUAAAUCUCUAGCCUCGUAUAGGUUAUUGUCGGUGUAUGUAAAGACACUAAGUUUAUCCAUAUAUUAUUGCGAAGGCAGCAUUUGUCCGCAGACAAUGUUUGACAUGUGUUUACCU